AUGAUCUCCACCAUCAGCGGAGGUCCUACCCUGGCUGGCACCUCCAACAAUUCCAUCAAACAUUAUGUCCGCUCCACCUAUGCACACCAGGUCUUCACCACCGAGCAGGGACGAUUGCCAAAGACCCACAGGACUGGCUGGGCCCCCAUUACCUUCUGCGAUGAGGAGGAGCGUGGUGUUAUCCUCCCCCAUGACGAUCCACUCAUUAUCCGGGCUGACAUUUCUAACUUCGACGUUGGGCGUAUCCUGGUGGACACUGGCAGCUCGGUCAGUGUGAUGUUUGCCGAGUGCUUCAAUGAACUCCAGGUCCCGCUUCACCUACUCGACCGAAGCAUCACAACCCUUGUGAGCUUCUCGGGUGAUGUGGUCCAGCCCAUCGGCAGCAUUCAUCUCCCCAUCUCAAUUGGGGCCGCACCCCAGCGGACGAUGAUCACCACCCCCUUCCUUAUCGUCGAUUGCCCCACAGCGUCUUGCCUGUGGAAAUAUGGUCUGGUCGUCUCGGCAAGACGCCUCCGACCAUAUUUCCAAGCUCACACCAUCUAUGUCUUGACCAACCAACCGCUCCGACAGGUGUUGCAGAACCCAGAAACUUCUGGGAGGCUGGUCAAAUGGGCCAUUGAACUGGGCGAGUUUGAUCUUCAUUACAAACCCCGCCCGGCCAUGAGGGGACAGGCCGUUGCUGACUUCUUAUCCGAAUUGACGGAGCCUCAGGCUUCGGCAGCUAUCCAGCCCCCAACCGAACCCAAUCCCCCUCCCAGCCAGGACCAAAACCCCACCGAAGGCAAUCUCGACCUAACCCAGCCCCUGUGGACCUUAUUCGUAGACGGCUCUUCUAAUGCCCAGGGCUAUGGGGCCGGCCUCGUUCUCAUCUCCCCAGACAAGGUUGCCCUCGAGUACACCCUUCGCUUCAAAUUCCAAGCCUCCAACAAUGAGGCCGAAUACGAAGCACUCUUAGCUGGUCUUCGAUUAGCCAAAGAGAUGGAUGCCAGGCAAAUUCAGAUAUUUAGCGAUUCACAACUCGUGGUCCACCAGGUCAACCAGGACUUCAUGGCUAAGGAUGCCUCUAUGACGGCCUACCUCCAGCACGCUCGGCACUUGCUGGCAACCUUCCAAGCCCACUCUAUCAAGCAAGUGCCGCGCUCCGAGAAUAGCCAUGCCGAUGCACUAGCCAGGUUGGCAUCAGCCCUGGAGCAAGGAAUGGGUCGCCACAUCCACAUCGAGUUUUUGGCCCAGCCCAGCACACAAGCCCCACUCAUCUGCACUAUUGAUCACAGCCCUACAUGGAUGGACCCCAUCCUCCAGUUCUUACAGAACCAAACACUACCGGCUAAUCCGGCAGAAGCACGACGCGUUCGCCAUUGCUCCGCCCGUUACUUGAUCAUUAACGGCUCCUUAUACAAGCGUGGUUUCAGCCUUCCUUACCUUCGAUGCCUGACUCCAGAGGAGGGUCACUAUGUCCUCCGAGAAAUCCAUGAAGGCAUCUGCGGCAACCACUCAGGCGCACGCUCGCUAGCCCAUAAGGCAAUCCGCCAAGGAUACUUCUGGCCUUCACUCCACACUGACGCCCAGGCCUUCACCCAGAAAUGCCACAAGUGUCAGCGAUUUGCCAACAUCCCACAACUCCCGGCUGCACCGUUGACUGCCAUGGUCAGCCCUUGGCCAUUUGCCCAAUGGGGACUGGAUCUCAUUGGACCGAUGCCAGAGGGCAAGGGCCAAGUCAAGUAUGCAAUUGUGGCCGUGGACUACUUCACCAAGUGGGCUGAGGCCGAGGCCUUGGCCACCAUCACUGUGGCUCGCAUCGAAUCCUUUGUGUGGCAAAACAUUGUAUGUCGCUUCGGCAUCCCCAACUCCAUCGUCACCGACAAUGGCCGGCAAUUUGACAACGCCAAAUUCAAACAAUUUUGUUCCAACCUCAAGAUUCGUUUGUGUUUCGCCUCCCCAGCCCAUCCUCAGUCCAAUGGCCAGGUCAAAGCCGUGAACAAAAUCAUCAAGAAGACCCUCAAGACAAAACUUGAUAAAGCCAAGGGCUGCUGGCCAGAACUACUCCCAGAAGUACUCUGGUCCUACCGCACCACCUUCCGCACAUCCACGGGUGAAACGCCGUUCUCCCUAUCAUUUGGAACCGAGGUCGUGGCUCCGGUAGAGAUUGGCCAGCCCACAUACCGAACCUCCACUUACGAUGCCACGGCGAAUGACGAGCAGUUGGCCCUCAACCUCGACUUCAUUGAGGAACUCCGGGACCAAUCGAGCAUGCGCAAUGCCGCGUACAAGCAACGCAUCGCCAAAUACUAUGACUCCCGAGUCAAGCCCCGUGCUUUCAAAAUGGGGGACUGGGUCAUGCGCAAGGUUUCCUUGGCUACCAAAAAUCCUAACGAAGGUACCCUCGGCCCUACAUGGGAAGGUCCUUACGAGAUUAUCAAAAUCUGCCGCCCCGGCACUUAUUAG